AUGGAAUCGACCUCUCAAUGCCGCUUCUACACUCAGCAGAGUACCAUCGACAAGAUCGAAACAGCAAUAGAGGCGGAAGAUCUCAGAUCCACUCAGGAUAUGGGCGAGAAUACACACUCUGGGUCUUUUUCGAUCAGCAGCUCUGCCAAAAGAGAAAACAGAUCUGGAUCAAGCUCAAGCUAUGGAUCACUGGACGCGCAAAUCUACCAGGGAGAGGAGGAUACAGAGGAAGAAGACUCGCCGCCGCCUUUCCAGAUCUACGACGAUGAUGAAGAAGGUGAUGAUUCUGGUGAAGUUGAUGAAGAAGAUCAAGAGCCAUUCAACCCAGCAGCCUACGAGGAAACCUAUCCUAUCGAGCAAUCAGGAACCCCGUUCGACCAAGUCACUUGGAAAGCACAGUGGGCCGAUCUACAGGAAUGGUGGGAUUCCGAGACCGCGCAGCCCGAGCACAUGCGCAACGACGGCGGCGGCGACGACAAGGACAAGCUCAACCGCUCGUACGGUCUGACUCUGUCAGCAGAACGCGCCAUUAUCCCUGCUAGCCAUCAAUUUCAUAGGCUAUUGACGCCAAAGGGUGACCUCGAUAUGAGAAGACUGGCUAUUGCGAAUUGGAUGGUAUUGAGACAGCAGGACGGAACUGCGGCUGGAUAA